GAGAGAUGAUGUCUGUCCAGAAGCGCGGCUGCUUGUCCGUGGGCAGUAGAUUAUAACAGACACGCAGCUUCGUCCCAAAUUUAGUACAUCUCAAAGAAGCAGCAGCCACAGCAUCACAUAGCUCUUUUUUUUUUGUAGAGCUUUUACUGGUUGUUUAGGAUGGGAUGUGCGAUCUCAGGGCUGGGUUUGGCACCCAGAAAAACGAGCGAAGACGCACAGGAUCUCAGCAGCGAGCAGAUCGACAUGAUCAAGGAGUCGUGGAAAGUUAUUCAGGAGGAUAUUGCCAAAGUUGGGAUAAUCGUCUUUGUCAGGUUGUUCGAGACUCACCCGGAGUGCAAAGAUGUCUUCUUCUUGUUCCGUGAUGUGGAGGACUUGGAAAGGUUGCGCACUAGCAAGGAGCUUCGAGCCCAUGGUCUCCGAGUGAUGUCUUUCAUUGAGAAGAGUGUGGCCAGGCUUGAUCAGUUAGAGCGGUUGGACUCGCUGGCUAUUGAGCUCGGCAGAAGCCACUACCGAUACUCAGCACCUCCUAAAUACUACGGGUACGUAGGAUCAGAGUUCAUCUGCGCAGUUCGGCCAAUUCUGCAGGACAAAUGGACCCCUGAACUGGAGAAGGCAUGGAGGACUCUGUUCCAGUACGUGACUCGGCUGAUGCGUCAGGGUUACACGGAGGAAGAAGAGGAAGCCAAACGAAGCAACACGGUGGGCUCAAGCAGAGAGCGGCCCGACAAGAGGAACACGGCACUUUAAAAGUUCAGCUUUAA